UCCUCCACCAUCUCCACUGUGUGCUGAAGGAAAAAGAGCCGCCAUGCAGCCAGCUCAGGCGGGGGUGUCCUUUGAUGAGGUGGUCGUGAUCUUCACCCCGGGGGAGUGGAGCCUGCUGCGCCCGGCCCAGAGAGCUCUCUACAAGGAAGUCAUGCUGGAGAAUUUUGGGAACGUGGCCUCUCUGGGUCCUCCGAUCGCCAAACCUGAUCUCAUAUCCCGGCUGGAAGAAGAGAAAGAGCCGUUUCUCCUGGACUGUGAUGGAUUGGCAGCAGGAGACGUGUGGCAGUCAGCGAAUGAAGCAGAAGAACACACUUUGAUGGAAAAAGAGGCUACGUAUUCGGAUGUGAAAGAGAAGUUUGAAUAUUUGGAUGCAUCAAGAAAGGAGGACAGAAAAUACCCACCCAAAGGGAGGAAUAAUUCCAGUCUUUUAAAGAGGGAUCAGUCUGUACAGCAAAAUAGAUGUCAAGUAGGUAGCAGGAAUGAGAACACUGCAAGAGGAGAGGAUUUCACUGAAAUAUCAGUUAUUCCUGUUCAACAAAGGAUGUGCAACAGAAAGAAAAAAUAUAAAUUCCUGGGGUGUGGGAAAACCUUCAGCCAGAGUGCACCCCUUACUUCCCACCAAAGAAUUCACACAGAAGAAAAACCAUAUAAAUGCCUCAUAUGUGGGAAAACCUUCCGUCAGAAUUCCAGUCUUGUUUCCCACCAAAGAACUCACACCGGGGAGAAACCAUAUAAAUGCCUGGAGUGUGGGAAAAGCUUCAUUCACAGUUCACAUCUUAAUGCCCAUCAGAAGAAGCACACAGGGGAGAAACAAUACACAUGUAAUGAGUGUGGGAAAAGCUUCAGUCAGAGUUCUAGACUUGUUUCCCACCAAAGAAUUCACACAGGGGAGAAACCAUAUACAUGCCUGGAGUGUGGGAAAAGCUUCAAUCGCAGUUCACACCUUAGUGUCCAUCAGAAAAUUCACACAGGAGAGAAACAAUACAAAUGUAAGGAGUGUGGAAGAAGCUUCUGUCAGGGUUCCAGUCUUACCUCCCAUCAAAGAAUUCACACAGGGGAGAAACCAUAUAAAUGCCUAGAGUGUGGGAAAAGCUUCCGUCACACUUCGAGUCUUACUUACCAUCAACGAAUUCACAGAGGGGAGAAACCAUAUAAAUGCCUAGAGUGUGGAAAAGGCUUCAGUCAGGAUUCUGGUCUUGCUUCCCACCAACUAAUUCACACAGGGGAGAAACUGUAUACAUGUCUGGCGUGUGGAAAAAGCUUCAGUCGCAGUUCAAACCUUAAUGUUCAUCAGAAAAUUCACACAGGGGAGAAACAAUACAAAUGUAAGGAGUGUGGGAAAAGCUUCAGUCAGAGUAGCCAUCUUAGUUCCCACCAAAGAAUCCACACAAGGGAGAAACCAUAUAAAUGCCUGGAGUGUGGGAAAAGCUUUAGCCAGAGUUGCAAUCUUAGUUCCCACCAAAGAAUUCACACAGGGGAGAAACCAUAUAAAUGCCUGGAGUGUGGGAAAAGCUUUACUCAGAACUCAAAACUGACUUCUCACCGAAGGACGCACACAGAACCGAGAAUAUAUAAAUGCCUGGAGUGUGGAAAAAGUUUCAGGCAGAGAGCAUACUUUGCUUCCCAUCAAAGAAUUCACACAGGAGAGAAACCAUAUAAAUGCCUCGAGUGUGGGAAAAGCUUCAGGCGAAGUUCCAGACUUACUUCCCAUCAGAGAAUUCACACAGGGGAGAAACCAUAUAAAUGUUUGGAGUGCGGAAAAUGUUUCAGACAGAAUCCAAACCUGAUUGCCCACCAAAGGACACACACAGGGGAGAAACCAUAUAAAUGCCUGGAGUGUGGGAAAAGUUUCAGCCAGAGUUCCAGUCUUACUUACCACCAAAGAAUUCACACAGGGGAGAAACCAUAUAAAUGUCUGGUGUGUGGAAAAACCUUCAGUGUCAGUUCUACUCUUAUUACCCAUCAAAGAAUUCACACAGGUGAAAAACCAUAUAAAUGCCUGGAGUGUGGAAAAAGUUUCUGUGACCGUUCCACUCUGACUAACCAUCGAAGAAUUCACACAGGGGAAAAACCAAAUAAAUGCCUGGAGUGUGGAAAAUGCUUCAGUGAAAGUUCUGGUCUUGCUUCCCAUCAAAGAAUUCACACAGGGGAGGAGCGAUACAAAUGUAUGGACUGUGGGAAAAGCUUCACUAAAAGUUCCACUCUUACAUCCCAUCAAAGAAUUCACACUGGAGAGAAACCAUACAAGUGCCUGGAUUGUGGAAAAAGCUUCAGUCUAAGUUCCAGUCUUACUUCUCAUCGAAGAAUUCACACAGGGGAGGAACGAUACAAAUGUAUGGACUGUGGGAAAAGCUUCACUAAAAGUUCCACUCUUAAUUCCCAUGGAAGAAUUCACACAGGGGAGACCCCAUACAAAUGCCUAGAAUGUGGGAAAAGCUUCAAUCGAAGUUCCAAUCUUGUUUCCCAUCAAAGAAUUCACACAGGGGAGAAACGCUACAAAUGCAUGGAGUGUGGGAAAAAACUUCACUCACAGUUCCACUCUCAGAACUCACAAAGGGAGAACCCAUAUAAAUGCCUGGAGUGUGGGAAAAGCUUCAGUCGGAGCAACAUUUGUACUUCCCAUCAAAGAAUUCACACAGGGAAGAAACAUUACAGAUGCCUGGAAUUCUGA